AUCGUUUGGAGAAAGCAAUGUACAGGAGAGCAAAUCAAAAGCACUUUCGGCUGCAGAUAUGUCAGGCUUCGAAUGACACGAGAUAGAGAGAGAGAGAGAGAGGGGGGGGGGGAGAAGCCAAAGCCAGUGGAUCAUAAUGAACAUAGCCAGUAGUAAAUAAAUAACCCACCAUUAGGAGCCUUUUUGCUCAUUGGUUGGCCUGGCCAUUCAAAAUACCAGAAAAAGACGAUAUAGCGUAUUGUUACUUGCUCGAGGGUCCAAAAUCCUCGUUUCUUUAAUUUCAGCUUUUCUGCUCCCUUUAAUUACAAUCUUAUCUUCCAAAUAAUAUUCCUCAUUCCUUAGUUUUGUCAUUAUCCUCUCCAUAAAGUAAAACUAGUAUUCUCUCCCACGAGCGUCUCCGGCAACCACCGUCAAUGGAUGAGGCGACCAGCAAAAUGAAGCCGUCUUCCGCCGGGAAAGCCAAGGGUCGGAAUGGGGUUGUUGAGAAGAAAGAAUACCCUGACCCACUUGCCUCUCAUGAGGAAGUUGUUAAGGAUCCUAUUGUUUUCUGGGAUACUAUUAGGCGGUUUCAUUUCAUAAUGGGCACCAAGUUUAUGAUUCCUGUGAUUGGAGGAAAGGAGUUAGAUUUACACGGUCUGUAUGUAGAGGCUACCAAAAGGGGUGGUUACGAGAAGGUAGUUGCAGAGAAGAAAUGGAGGGAAGUGGGUAGUGUUUUCAGAUUCUCUCCGACGACGACAAGUGCAUCUUUUGUGCUUAGGAAACACUAUUUCAGUCUCCUCUUCCAUUACGAGCAGGUUCAUUUCUUCAAGAUCAAGGGUCCUCUAACUACUCCAGCAGUUGCAUCUACAGUUAACGAACCUUCAUGUAGACCUGAACUAGCUCUCGUGGAAUAUUACCCUAAACCGAUAAGAGAAUUCCCAGAUCCACUUGUUGAAGGAACCUCAUGUUUGUCAGUUACGGGAACGAUUGAAGGGAAGUUCGAUUGCGGUUAUCUGAUAUCUGUGAGGUUGGGUUCUGAAGUUCUUAGUGGAGUGCUUUACCAUCCAGAGCAGCAACCCGUUUCUGAAUAUAGCAAUGCCAUUGUCCCAUACAAACACAUUUGCAGUGGCCGGCAUUCCGGUAGGAGGAGGAGAAGCCGAAGGGCGGAAGACCCCAGCUAUCCAAAACCAAACAGGAGUGGUUAUAACUUUUUCUUUGCAGAAAAGCAUUAUAAGUUCAAAUCACUGUAUCCAAACAGGGAGAGAGAGUUAACAAAAAUGAUUGGGGAGUCUUGGAGCAGUCUCGGCCCAGAAGAGAGGAUGGUAUACCAGAACAUUGGAUUGAAAGACAAGGAAAGAUACAAGAGAGAAUUGAAAGAGUAUAAAGAGCGACUGAAGCAGAGGCAGCAAGGCGUGGAAACUGAGAAACCUGAUUACUAGAGGAUUAACCAAAGCACAGAUAUUUGCGACUUACUAAACACUAAAACUUAUGCCAGAUAAUAA